UUCUUUUAUCUUUUCGAAGAAACUUUAUGGUUCGUUUCUUUGCUUCAUAGCUUUUGCUAUAUUCUGAUUCUGAGUAUUACUUCGACUCUAGACACUAAACCACCGGUUGAUUCUUCCGGAUUUUUAUAUAAGACAUUCAUCUUUUUGCCUUCUUCUGCCUCAAGAAAUCGAAAACAAUGAACAUCUUUCUUAGUUGCUUUAAACCCAAGUUCUACAAGAAAAGCAAAUCUACAACCAGUUACAUGAAGAUUCGACUCGAUAUAGUGAGGAAAAAAAGGAUUGCAAUGGCUAAUUUCUUGAAAAUGGACAUUGUGGAUUUUCUCAAGAAUGGCCUUGAUUAUAAUGCUUAUACAAGAGCAGAAAUGUUACUUGAAGAGCUUAGGAUCAUAUCAUGCUAUGAUAUCAUCGAACGAUUCUGUGAUUGUAUAUCUGAAAAUCUCUCACCAAUUCUGAAGAAAAGGGAGUGUCCUGAAGAGUGCAGAGAAGCAGUUUCCUCUUUGAUAUUUGCAGCUGCAUGGGUUCCUGAUGUCCCUGAACUUAAGGAUCUUAGAGCCGUGUUUACCCAUAGAUUUGGGAGUUUUAUUCAUUCAUCUGUAAACCAUGAGCUCGUUGAGAAAACUGAAUUGCGAAGUAGACCAUCACGUGAACUCAAGAUUCAGACAGUGAAAGACAUUGCGAAAGAGUUUGCGAUUGAUUGGGAUCCUACAGUGAAUCUGUUUCUGCUCAGACAAACGUCAGCUUUGCAAAUUGAGGACAAGGCAGGUACAGGAAAUGAUGAUCCGAAGAUUAGGGCGGAGAAAAGUAUAGUAAAUGAUCAAAGCGACGAUGAGUCGGUCCUUUCACAGAGCUGGACAAGAGAUUCAUUGUCUAAAGGCAAUUUGAGUUCGAGUUCGAGCUCAAGUUUUAGUUCUCCAAGAAGAGACUCUGGAAAGAAAGAGAAGGGGAAUUUGCCUUACGGAUUAAUCUAUCCCCCACACACGAAAUCAGGAGGUGGAAACGAUGAGAAAACACAAGAGGAGAAAGAAGAGAAGAAUAAGAGUGUCGAUCAAGAAAACUCAAGGUUACUUGAGCCACAAGGCAGUGACAAAGAAGGUUCUUCAGCAAGAGUGAACGAGAGAACUUCAUCCUUUCAGAGACCUUAUAAGCUUUUGGAUUAUGAUGAAGUGGUGGCUCGGCUUGCAGCUCUUCGCCUGAGAUAAAGGGGUUUGUAUUUGUAAUCAAGUUUACAGUUGUA